UCAGUCUGUUGAGAGACUGUUAUGAGUCCCGAGCAGUAAAAGGGGCACUCAAUGUACCUCUUCGAAUCCUUCUGUCGCACUUAAUCCAAGACGAAAUCAUCUAAAAAUAGAUUUAGUUUGCUCAAAUAGAGACAUGAAUCAAAAUAAUCUCUCUUAUUUGAGGUAACUGUUAAUUUAAGCAUUGAGAUUUUCUUGGAUUUUGAAUAAUUUACAUCGUACGUAGGCCACUUCGUGGAGUUAAAAGGCGGACCACUAGUGUCUGUCCUGUUUCUGUCAAUGGACAAGUCCUAGGAGUCGACACUACUCGCGCAUUUCUCCAGCUGACAACUUUGUGUUAGCUCCAGAUAAAAUUACAGUGAAGAGGAGAACCUCUGUUUUCACUCAGCCAAAUGCAUGGCUUAGACCUGUGCCUUCAACAGCAAGAACUUGCCAACUUACCAGACAGGGAAAGUUUAUAUUCCAAGGACUCAAAUAGGAAACAUAGCUUUUAGGCAAAGCCUACCUACCCGAGGACAUCAUUUGGGGUGAAGAGCUAUAUUACACUGCCUCAGUGGAGAUGAAAUGAUGACUGAUACUAGUCCACUUAACCAGAUAACCUUCUUCAAGGAAAGAAGGAGAUGACAACCUUAUACAAGCCAAGAGCCAAAAGUUAACUAAACCCCCAAAACAGACCACCAGAGGAGGAAAGCAACAGAGAAAUGACAAGUAAACACACAGAGUUAUCUCUCCUAUCAGUAAGCAACGAGUACCAGGGCUCAACUCUGAUCCAGAAGACACGUUUCUUUCCACGCAGCCAAGCCAAGGAUCAAAUACUUCACCCACAGACUGAGUACAAGUCUCCUAGUAUUUUGAUGUAUCCAGCAAAGGGAAGCCCCCGUCAUGGCCUGUUCAUCCUUCCUCCUCCUCCUCUUCCCGUCCCUGGGUUGGCUGUCGGCUGUGAGAUCAGCCUCACUGAUGGAUCCUGGCUUCAUGAUGUCAUCAGAUCCUCCUUUGCAGGGUCCUCGUUUCACCGGGUGUAAGUCCAGGGAGCAGGUGACUUUCAGCUGUUGGUGGAGCGCCGGAAGCUUCAGAAAUCUUACAGAGCUCGGAGGCCUGCAAAUGUUCUACUGGAAGAAGAAUGAUUCGCCUAAUGAAUGGAGGGAGUGUCCUGACUACCCAUCCUCUGUGAAGAACGAGUGUUUCUUCGAUAAGAACCACACGGUUAUCUGGACGACCUACUGUGUGCGGCUAACCUCUGUGAGGCAGAACAUCACCUACGAUGAGUUGUGCUUUGAACUACAGGACAUCGUGCACCCUGACCCCCCGGUGGGUGUGAACUGGACAUUGCUGAACGUGAGUCAGUCAGGCCUGCGCUUUGACAUCAUGGUGAGUUGGGAACGCCCACCAACGGCCGACAUACCUAACGGAUGGUUGAACCUGGCUUAUGAAGUCCAGUACAGGAUGAGGAACAGCUCGCACUGGAAAGUGUUUGAGCUGGAGUUUGGCACCCAGAAGUCUAUCUACGGCCUCCGAACAGGAGAAGAGUAUGAAGUGCGUGUGCACUGUGCGAUGAGGGCUUUCAAUAACUUUGGGGACUUCAGCGAUCCCAUUGUUGUCCACGUGCCACUGAUACCCAGUAAAGAUUCCACAUUCCCUUUGACUCUGGUCCUGAUCUUCGGGGCUGUGGGACUGGCCAUUGUCCUCAUGCUUAUCGUCUUCUCUCAGCAGCAAAGACUGAUGAUGAUUUUACUGCCUCCCGUUCCUGCACCUAAAAUCAAAGGGAUAGAUCCAGAACUUCUUAAGAAGGGCAAGUUGGAUGAGCUGAACUUCAUUCUGAGGGGUGGGGGCAUGGGACGUCUCCACUCCUAUCCCCUUGACCUGUACCAGGACGAGCCCUGGGUGGAGUUCAUCGAGCUGGACGCAGACAAGCCUGAACCUGGGGAGAAAGAGGACAACCUGAAUUCGGACACAAGGAGACUGCUGGGUCUGGGACACAACAACCAUCACACCAACCGUGGCUGCUCUCAUGCUCUCAGCAUCCCUGAUGAUGAUUCUGGCCGGGCCAGCUGCUAUGACCCUGAGCUGCCUGACCAGGAGACCCUGAUGUUUAUGGCUGCCCUCCUGUCUAAUCAACCCGACAAAGUUGAACCCUGCUUGGGGAACUUAAGCCACUCAAGCAUCCCUGCCCUAGAGGUGCUGGAGGUCACCUCUUCAGGGCACCAGGUUUCAGAGAGAGGGGAGAGGCCCCGUGUCCAUGCCCAGCCAGGAGGCACCCAGAGCUGGGUUAACAUGGAUUUCUACGCCCAGGUCAGCGACGUAACACCCACGGGAGGGGUGGUGCUCUCGCCAGGCCAGCAGGUCAGAGCCCCGGAAAAUACUUCAACGAAAGAGGAGGCUAGGAAGAAGAACCAUGGAAGAAGAGAGGGAGGACAGGAGGAGAGGGAGGUGGCGGAGGGCGAGGAAGAGGAGAGCAGAAGGAACAAGCCGCCGUUUCAGCUGUCAGUGGUGGGUCCUGAGGCCGGAGGCUAUACAACAGAAAGCAGCACCCCAAACCCCUUUUCACUUGGGGAAAUCUACCACACCUUCCCCCCACCUCCCGUCGAAACCAAGCCCUACCAGGAGGCCUGUCCUCCCCCUAGCUAUCCUCUGGGGGGCUUUCAGUCCCCCUAUGUCCCUCCCAACUCCCCGCCCGUUCCAUCCCUCGCCCCGGUCUCAGACUACACUGUGGUCCAGGAUGUUGACUCCCAACACAGUCUUCUCCUUAACCCCCCCUCUCCACGACUGUCUCCCCCCGGGCCCCCGCAACCUCUCUCCAAGCCCUUGCCUGCCAUGCCUAUGGGGUACCUCACCCCAGACCUGUUGGGCAACCUCUUGCCCUGAGAGGGAUAAAAACGUCUCCUCGGGGAGGUCAGAGGUCACCAGGAAGUCCGUAAUCAUCACAGGCAGACGGUCAAGUUUUGCCCGAUCACCGCUGGAAACCAAAAAUUUCACACGAUGGACAGGCCUAAUAUUUGUGUAAAAGGGCGAUGAAAACGAAGCUUGGAGAAGCAGAACAUUUGGAUGCUGUGUUGGGGUUUUAAAGCUGAGACGUGUAGCUUGUGGAAAGAAUUGCCGUAAAAUGGUCCUUUCUCGUUUUAACGUAAGACAGUUGUCAAACAAAAUCUUACUGGGCUCAGUCUGACCGAGACACCCCAAAACACCCACAGUCUGAAACCUUAAAAUGCAGAGAUCGCUACUAAAACAGAAUGCGCAUACGCUUAUGCACUAUAUGUACGCAGGCAGACAUGCUCAGACAAGCGAGUUCCAUUUUAUACAAGCAUGGAUCUGUCAUUUGACUGAACUGGCGCUUUAUGGCACUUCCCAUCUGGCCUUAAUGUUUCUUAAUGUGAUUUAUUAUAGACAUGUCAGACAGAAGGGAAGAAAACCAUCGCAUACAGCGAGGUGCAAAAUAAUCGGAUAGUGACACCUUUGUUGUUGUUUUGGCUUUGUCCUUGCUCUGACAUUUCAGAUUUGAAAAUGAUACAGUGACCAUGUGGUUAAAGUAAAUAGUUUUAGCUUUAAUUUGAGGGUCUUUCAAAACAAAUUGUGUGAACAGUUCAUAAAUUGAAGCAUGCUAUAGCUAACACCUCUUCAUAAAUGUGGAUGCCACAAUAUAACAGAUAAUCCUGAAUUAAUUGUAAAUUAUGAUGAACAUCAUACCUGAUUAAUAUAUUAACAGCUUACCAUUGACAUGCUGUUUACAGAAGAGUAUAGCAUUGGGAUCAUAAUUAUCAUAAUAAUGUUAUUGUUAUAUUAUAGUAUUCAUAUUUUUCAACAAAGAAGGGGACUAGAAGAAGACACACAGUUAGUAAAUGUUUACAGUUCAGCCCAAAAUGGGAGGUUUAAAAAAUCCCCAAAUGCAUCUUUAAGUAAAUGUGUCAAAAUGUCGCCAAUUGCAAUAAAGGGCUAUAAUUUCUGAUGGAUAAACAUAAUCUUAAUUAUUGAUGUAUUAUUUCAUAUCCACUUUGCCAAAGUUCAAUGCCAAAACAACAACAACAAAUACUAAACUAAAAGAAAUAGUGUAACAUAGAUGUGCAAUGCUGUAGAUUUUGGGUUUAAGUCUUAAUUGUACUGUAGAUGGAGCAAGGAACAGAAUAUGUGGGAGAAUAACAAGCACAUCAACUUUUUUACAGUCUCACAAACACACACACACACACAAACUUUAACAUCAUGGUAAUGGCCUCGUUAAUUUAAAGAACACUGAGUGGAGCUGUUUGUCAAACCUACUGCUACAAGGAGCACAGACAAACUAUUUAGCCCACUCAUUGUUUUUGCCUAAUGGCUUAUUUUAAUGCUUAUAUGACUUUCUCUUGGAGUCUCUUGUGACAGUAAACAAGUAGUUACCAGACUGAGGUCACAGUGUUUAACACAGACAGCCAUUAGACAACCUGUCUGUGACAAUUCAGAAACUGAUUAAAAAGAAAGAGAGCGAAGAGAAGACAACCAAUAACAGCAAGCAGGGUUAGCUAUAUAAUGAGAUGUUAACAAGAAUAGGCAAGUACUCAAACUAGAGGAAAGACUGCUUUUGUAUGUCGUAUUUUGUUACUUGCAUUCAUUAUAAUUGCGGGGACAAUGACUGGAAAUUUGGAGAUAGACAAUGUUUCCUUUUCUUUCUCGCAGUUUUUUCUAAAUGUAGUUAUGAGGUUCUGAUGUUAAUGUUCUCUCGCUUGCACUUGUUAUGAUGAUGAAACAAGCCUAUUUUGUUGUAGUGAAACAUUUGUCCUCGCUCAGGGCUUUAUAUAUGCACCCAAACUUGCAAACAUGCCCAAGCAUGUACGUUCGCACGCUCGCACACACCUCCUCAGAAAGGAUAGAAUCCUUUUUUCUGUUCAACUGACACACCACACAAACGGACACUACAGACAGCAUCUGUGGUGAACGGGACAUUUAACAAUCAACUAAAGCACACACAAACAGGAUUUGUUUGUGGAAUCUAUGUAAUCUGCUUUAGGAAUCGAAGAGACACUGUGAUUACUAUAGAUUAUGUUUCAUCGUCAGAAGAAAGAUCAUCCUCAGAAACGGUUACUUCUGGUGGUUGUGGGCGGAGCUAGUUACUUGUUUGCUCUUGUAACCAACGUUCCUCGUGACAACAAAGGUUUUGAAGGUGGAUGUGGCCCACCCAGGGCAUCCAUCAUCAGGAUAGUAGUCUGGUGUUGUUCCUCUCACAACAAGUCUGCCUAUAUAAACUGCAUCGCACGGACCCAAAGCCUAUCUGUCAAGCAGGAAAUCUGGGAUGAUUUUGUAUUGUUCAUUGAACUGCUGACCUUUUCCAAUUCGCAUUGGCUUUUCUUACAAGUACAGCAGCCUAACAGCUUAAGCUAUUUCAGACGGUGAGUGCCUGUCGAUCAAACCCGGGUUUCUGAGGUAAAUGCGAAUGAGGCGUAUGUCACGCCGGCACCACCAAGAACAUUGGCUUCUGGAUUAAAUCUCUUCAUCGCUUGGUGAAAUCAUUGUUUCAGACAUGAUAUCACAACACAACCUGUUUAAAUGUUCCAUCCAGUGUCAUGCUCAUUUCCCUCUUGCCGUCUCUCUCACUCAGCUUUACUGAGAAAUAAUUAAGUGACCUGCGGCUGCCGUCAGUGUUGUUGAGGCCAGCACGCAAACAGAUGUCUUAAUGCCUCUCUGCAGUGUGCAGUGGCUAUGAUGAUGUUUGUCUUGUUAAUCAAAAUCAAAAAUGUCGCUGGUGGUUUCAUUUUCCCAGACCCAUCGUUAAGCCUUCUCCUGGGCUUAUUCAGGAGGACACAGGUUCAGGUGGUCGACAUGGAAAUGCAUCGCCUUGCAUUUGGUGGACGUAGAACUGACGUUUUAAUAUUGUUUCGUAGAAUAUGAAAGUGUCAGCUCUGUGUGUUGCACUGCCGUCUGCAACGUCGUUACAUUUCGCAACCAACUGAGUAAGCCAGGGGUGCCUCUGAGUGUGUUAUACAGCAAAGAAAGCUAUAUUAUUUCAAUAAUGAAUUGUAAGGUUUAGUUUUGUGUACAUUGGUAUUUGUAAGUGUUUAUAUACUGGAAUGUACAAUGGGACUUGCGCAUUGUUCUGUAGCAUUCUAGGUUGUUUGAUUAGACUCAUGAACAUUAUGGUUGUUUAAAUAGUCACAGAUGAUAGGAAGUGGGAGACGUGGACAACUGUAUUCAAGCUUAUGAAAAAUGUUUACCCUUUGUGUCAGUAAUUUUGCUCAUGCUAGAGUUUAUGCUAAUUUCAAUAUUAGCUUCAUUGUUUUUGCCGUGGAAUAUUUAUAUAAGCUAGCACUUUGUAUGAAUUAGGCUGUCACAUCCACAUUUUGUAUUUCAGACUAAAUCAAGUGUCUGUUUAUUAUCUCUCGUGAAUGCGUAGUGAAAUCUGUUUUUAGAUUGUUUUGAAUUUACCAUGGAGAAACCUAUCUAUAAGUUUCAGUGACAUUCUUUCAAAUAUUGCCUUGAUAUUUAGCACAAAGAUAAUAAUGUGUGAGUGUUGAUGAACAUAAAGUCUAGGAAUCCCUCCUCAAGAGUAUUUAUGUAUCCUAUGGCCAUACAGUGUGGAUGAGGUCAGGGGUGUCAUACUCCUUUCACCCCAGAGCCCAUAUUUGGUCUUUGACAAAGUCUAGAGGGCCACAAUGAAAAAGGAUUAGUGUUUCGUGGCAUCAACACCCUUUUUGGUGUUGUUAGUUGUCCUGUUGCAGUCUAGCUCGCAUUUCUAUGGUUAUUAGCUAGUUGAUAAACUAUAUGAAUGUAAUUCCAUGAUCAUUUCUAAACGGUGACGACUGUUCAGUGUAUUGUGAUCUUAUCAUAAAAAAAUAAAAGGAAAUGUUUAUAUAUUUUUUGUUGAUUUUUACUCAAACCACCUGCAGGCCGGAUUAAUCGCCCGGGGGCCAUUUUCGACAACCUUGGUAUUGAGUUUCAUUUCAAGACGUACAGCAACUCAUCAGUAUCUUUGUGUAAUCAUGCUGUAACUAAACUAAUGUAUUUUAUUUUUGUACAAUCCCAUGUCACCUGUGUCAAAAGGUUAUCUUAAUGUUCUUCUGUGUCGCCAUUCAAAGAGCCAGAUGUGAGUGGACACUAGCUGCGUGAGCUGAACAUUGCCGGCUCAGAUUUAGUUUGUCUCUUUGUUUGUUUGUUUUUAGGUGGAAGUUAUUUUGAGUUUUAAAAUUUAGUUUGACAUCAUUUGAUAGGAUCUGGUUCGAAGGGCUUAUUAUUUGACAGGUUUCUCAUGCUGACGUUAGGGUGUUCUAUAGCAUUAUUUUUCGGUUUUUGUUUCAUGUUCCGUAUCUUUCAAAAAGAUACACAAUAAAUGUAUAAUAUCCUUAAAGCUAA